AUGGUCGCCGUCCUCUCUGCCGUCGGCUCGGCCCUCGCGUGGUUCCUGGUCCGCUAUUUAAUUGUCGUCGUCAUGUUCUACUUGCUUGCCUACGUCAGCCCCCUCGCCGGCUUUGCCGCCCGCAUCCUGGCCUCGUGGAUCGCCCUCGUCUCCUGCGCAAUCUACGGCGUCUUUGCCUCCAUCGCCCUGCGCUUGUCCGGCGGCAACCGCUGGCAAAGUGCCCAGUGGGCCACCGCCCGUGCCUUCAAGCUCACCAUGUCGCUGCUCACGGGUAUCACGUUUGAGGUGGAGGACCCCCACGACUACCUGGGCGGCACACGCCCGGCCGUCUUUGUCGGCAACCACCAGAGCGCCCUCGAUGUCUUGAUGCUGGGCUGCAUGUUCCCCAAGUACUGCAGUGUCACGGCCAAGAGCUCGCUGCGCAACUACCCGUUCUUGGGCUGGUUCAUGCGCCUCAGCGGCACCAUCUUCAUCGACCGCGCCAAUAGCAAGGACGCCCGCACCGCUAUGCGCGGUGCCGCCGAUGCCAUCCUGUCGCAGCGCCAAAGCGUCUACAUGUUCCCCGAGGGCACCCGCAGCUAUGCGCAGGAGGCCACGAUGCUGCCCUUUAAGAAGGGCGCCUUCCACUUGGCCGUCCAGGCCGGCGUGCCCGUUGUGCCCGUCGUCGUCGCCAACUACAGCCACCUCUACUCGACGGGCAAGCUCCGUUUCCUGCCGGGCAAGAUCCCAAUCAAGGUCCUCGAGCCCAUUCCGACCACCGGUCUCACCACCGACGACGUCACCGCGCUCACCGAGCGUGUGCGCGAGGCAAUGCUCCAGGAGCUUGGCCCGCUGACCAUUCAGGGCCGUGCCCAGGCCCUGGCGACCGCCACCAAGGGCAGCAAAUCAGCACCCAUCGCCGUCCCGGCCCCAACGACAGCAGCCUCCGACAAGGGCACCUCGAGCGGCGUCUCAUUAUAG